CACUCACAGUCUUACCACAUCAAUUUUCUCAAACUCUCUCUCUUUUCUUAAAAAAAAUACAGAGACAGACCCCUUAAUUUAGUGAAGAAGUAGAACAAUGACGAAGGAAGUGGUUGGAGAGAAGGGAUCCUUCUCAGGCAAAGACUAUCAAGACCCACCGCCUGAGCCUCUAUUCGACGCUACUGAGCUUGGGAAAUGGUCUUUCUACAGAGCUCUCAUCGCUGAGUUCAUAGCCACUCUCCUCUUCCUCUACGUUACCGUUAUGACUGUCAUUGGUUACAAGAGCCAGACCGAUCCAGCCCUCAAUCCUGACCAGUGUGCAGGUGUUGGCGUCCUCGGCAUCGCUUGGGCCUUUGGUGGCAUGAUCUUUAUCCUCGUCUACUGCACUGCUGGAAUCUCUGGUGGACACAUAAACCCGGCGGUGACAUUUGGACUAUUGUUGGCUAGAAAAGUGACGUUGUUGAGAGCAGUAAUGUACAUGGUGGCUCAGUGCCUUGGUGCCAUUUGCGGCGUGGCUUUGGUUAAGUCCUUCCAGUCUUCUUACUACACCCGCUACGGUGGCGGCGCAAACGGUCUCUCUAACGGUUAUAGUGUUGGCACUGGUGUUGCCGCGGAGAUCAUCGGGACAUUCGUCUUAGUCUACACCGUCUUCUCCGCCACUGACCCCAAGAGGAGUGCGCGCGACUCUCACGUCCCUGUAUUGGCUCCAUUGCCAAUUGGAUUUGCGGUGUUCAUAGUUCACUUAGCUACAAUCCCAAUCACGGGCACUGGCAUUAACCCUGCAAGAAGUCUCGGAGCUGCAAUCAUCUACAACAAGGACCAAGCUUGGGACCAUCAUUGGAUAUUUUGGGCGGGUCCGUUUGCAGGUGCGACCAUUGCCGCUUUCUACCAUCAGUUUGUGUUAAGGGCUGGUGCGGUGAAGGCCCUCGGGUCUUUCAGGAGCCAGUCUCGCGUUUAGCUUUGACUCUCGUCAGUUAUCAAAGAGAGCAAAGAAAGAAGACAAUAAAGAGCGGCUUUUUAUGUAAUGUUUAGAUGGUUUGGAACCUAGCGACGUGUAGUAUCUUAGUUCUAGCUUUCGUGAAGAGAGGUUGUGAGUGUGACUUGUGGGUCAACUUUGAAAUGCUACUUCUCUUAUAUCUAUGUCUACUAUUUUAUGUUGCUCUAACUUUUACUAGUUUUCUGAAUUCCUUAUGAUAAACUUUCCACGCGAGAGUAUAAAGGACACCCUAUCUUUACA